AUGGCAGCUUGCGAGCAUGUGGCUAAGGGAUUUUGUGUGGAGAGGCAAGUGUUGGAUGAACUGAGUUUGGAUGAGGUGGCACAUCGACGGGCUCAAUCUCUUCGGCCAGGAGUAAAGGAGAGACUGCAGGAUUCACUAAGGUGUUCUGUGGGCAGGCUGAAGAGUUGUAUUCUGACUUGGAUUCCGGUUCUCUCCUGGUUGCCAAGGUAUUCGGUUCGAGACAAUGCAAUGGGUGACUUCAUCUCAGGGGUUAGUGUGGGCAUCAUGCAUCUGCCACAAGGCAUGGCUUAUGCUCUUUUAGCCUCUGUGCCCCCUGUCAUCGGUCUCUACUCCUCCUUCUACCCUGUACUCGUUUAUUUUAUCUUUGGUACCUCCAGGCACAUCUCUGUAGGUACAUUUGCCGUCAUUAGUAUCAUGUUGGGUGGAGUGACAGAGCGUUUGGCUCCAGAUGAUUUGUUCCUGAAGAAUGGAACCAACGGAUCUGUAGUCAUAGAUACCGUGGCACGCGACGAGAUGCGGAUUCAGGUGGCAGCUGCCGCCACCUUAUUGAGCGGACUCUUCCAAAUUGGAUUGGGUAUGGUGAGAUUUGGGUUUGUGGUGACAUAUCUGUCUGAGCCACUAGUCAGAGGCUACACGACAGGAGCAGCGACACAUGUGGUUAUCUCUCAACUAAAAUACAUUUUCAGAGUCAAACCACAGCGCUACAGUGGCCCCCUAUCACAGGUCUUCACACUGAUUGACUUGUGUUCCUUGUUGCCCCAUACCCAUAUUCCCACUCUGAUUGUGAGUGUGGUUUCUCUGGCUGUUCUCAUCAUAGUUAAGGAGUUAAAUUCCAUUUACAGCAAGAAACUGCCUCUACCCAUCCCCAUAGAACUCUUCGUGAUCAUUGCAGGGACACUGAUCUCACACUAUGCUAAUUUGAAUGAAUUCCAUGCAGUUGAAGUGGUUGGAGAAAUACCAAGUGGGCUCUUGCCGCCACAGGUUCCUGACCUGAGCUUCUUCCCAUCUGUGAUUGGUGACGCGUUUGCUGUAGCCAUUGUUGGCUAUGCCAUAAAUAUCUCCUUGGGAAAGACCUUUGCCCUCAAACAUGGCUAUAAAGUGGACAAUAAUCAGGAGCUGAUUGCGUUGGGUCUCAGUAACACGGUGGGAGGAUUUUUCCGGUGUUACUCUGUGACUUCCUCACUGUCCCGCAGUCUCAUCCAGGAGAGCACAGGGGGAAAGACACAGGUUGCUGGAGUGAUAUCUUCUGUUAUUGUUCUAAUCACAAUGCUGAAACUAGGCUCACUAUUUGAGGACCUACCUAAGGCAGUGUUAUCCACCAUCGUAUUUGUGAAUCUGAAGGGAAUGUUUAAGCAGUAUCUGGACAUUGUUGUUCUUUGGAAGAGUAACAAAGUGGAUUUACUCGUGUGGUUGGUCACAUGCACCUGCACUGUACUGCUUAAUCUGGACCUGGGCCUGGCUGCAUCCAUUGCCUUCACACUGCUCACUGUCAUCUUCAGAACACAGCUUCCCAGGUACUCAUUGCUGGGCUGGGUUCCUGGAACAGAACUUUAUCUGGACAAAGAGUCAUAUGAGCAGGCCAAAGAAAUCCCAGGAAUCACUAUAUUCCGAUCUUCCUCUAUGCUGUAUUAUGCCAAUGCUGAGCUUUACUUGGAUGCCCUAAAGGAAAAGAGUGGAAUUGAUGUUCCGAAGUUGCUCAAACAAAAGAGGAAACGGGAAGGAAAAGAGAAACGGCAGAAAGAGAAAGAGAGGAAAAUGGCAGAAAAGGAGAGGAAGAAAGAGAAUGGCUCCCUUCACAGCCAAGCAGCCACCAGUUACAACCAUGCCACAGCUGUUACCAACUUGGGCUACCUACAUGACGAGAGCAUAUACACCAAUGUCAUAGAAAACUUGUCUGAUGAAGAGACUGAGCAAAGUGACACGCACUCAUCAAGCUGUGAGAGCAGACAGCACAGAACCCAUUCUAUCAUCCUGGACUGCUCCACUGUCAGCUUCAUUGACACAGUCACACUGAAAACACUGCAAAAUAUAUUUCAGGACUUUGGUGAAGUAGACGUGACAGUUUACAUGGCUGCCUGCCAGGUGUGUGUAGUUGAGCAGUUGGAAAAGGGAGGAUUCUUCUCUGAGUUUGUUCCGAAGAGUCGUCUCUUCCCCUCGGUCCACGACGCUGUACUGCACUGCCUCAGCCACAGUGGCAAAAAACUGCCCAGCUACGAGAGCGCCCUGGAGAUGGCUUGCAUCACUAAACUCUGA